UUGCAUUGAAAUGAGCAAUAAACAUGCAACCCGUGAAAGCUUGCAACCGAAACAUCAAGCAACAUACUUGCUGCGCUUGGCAUUGCAAACAAGAUGUCUUGGUAGGCUGUUUACGUUUUUACACUAUUGAUUGAUCGUGAACAACAUAGGCGUAGAAAGAUUGGAUUAGGUGGCAUCAGCCCCCCUAGUUGGACACAAGCCCCCCUAAUUGGACACAACUUCGCUACCGAAAUGAUGUCUCUUUGUUUUGACACCCGGACAACAUAAUGCUGCCCACAACUUUGUACGAAGCAUUUUCUAUCAUUAAUGAAAAGGAAAAGUUAGCAGUGUACCACAUCUUAGACUACAAUAUACCAAUGGAUGAGCUUAUAGAUUUAGAGAUAUAGUAAAUGUUGCUAAUUGUGAUAAAAAAGAAACAAAGCAGGGGAAAGAAAAAAGCCAAAAUUUAAAGGGGAUUAUAGAUUUUUCUUUGAAAAAUGCAGCUGGUCAUUAAAACAAAAUUAGGUUAGCUGUCAACACGAGUUUUGAAAGUGUGCUUCUUUCAAUAAUGUCAUUUUGUCCGUCAGAAAAAAUUGGGGAAUUGCGGUGUUGUCAAAUCAGUCUUCACUCUGGCAACCACUUCACUUAUUCGACAGAAAAUCUUGAGUUUGUCUUUUUUCUAAUUUGUGGUUUUAAUGCAUUAAAACUCGGUAGUGCUCUCAGUCAUAUAUUUAGAAAGCUACGCUAUGUGGUGUAUGAAAUAGGUAUCCGGAAAACAGUAAUUUUCAUUAUUUAGAGAACUAGGAAAAGGUCUCAUGGAUGGCAGCCAUUUUCAAAAUAUUCAAAUCCAUAUUCUCUUGGAGAAACAAAAGGAUUUCCAUUAUGCAAAAACCAUUAUGCCAUCACCUGCUUAAUACACAAAGAAUAAAAUGAAAAUUCAGCAACAAUAUCGAUUACAGAAACGUCUGUGAUCAGCACAUGAUAUUAAAUGCCAAUCCUUUGCUAUAAAUUCCAUUGCAUGCCCCAAUGAAGCCUCCAAAAACGAGUCAGGGGCAAAAUUUAAAGCUGUGAUAUAAUUUUAUCUGUUGUCGAAAUAAUGUUUUCUUGUAUGAAAUAAUCUUAAAAUAACAUGAGGCUCUUUAAAAUUUUGUCAGACACAGUGGUAACAAAAAAGAAUAUAAGCAAACAUAAAAGUAAAAUGUAUGGCCAGUUUAUGCAAAUUUCUUUUAUCAACGUUAAUAAUUGAAGCUAAAACCAAUCCAAGUUCAUCUUGAAGUAAAGCAAGGUCAUUUUUCAAGCAAGUCGCGCCAAAGAUAGAUGUGCUUCAAUUGGAAAACAAGACACACUUAGUCUGUAACUCCAUGAGAAAGUAACCAUCUUGCGUUGAAACAAAACAUAUAUCAGGCUGCAUUUCAAAGAUGAAGUUAUUUAAAUAAUGCAAACAUCAUACAAGGGUUGGGUCAAAACUACACAUCGUUGGAUAACAGAGCUUGAUUCGUUAAUCUAAAGACGUUGCGGCUUCUGUUUCAGUGCGCAAUUGGAUUUACACUUAGAAAAAGCGUCAAAUUUAAAAAGUCUAUAACAGGUGGCAGUAUGGAAGAAUUUUACGAAUAAUCUCAUUUAUAACUCAAAUAAUAUUGCGACCGAUAUUUCCAUGGACAAUCUAUUUGCCUUUCUCUGUGGUAUGGGUGUCGUCUUUGAGUCUUGAAUCGCGAGUAUCUUGAGCAACGAGAUCAUCAAUGGUCGCUUGAUAUAAUUUCAAAGAAAACCCAGAAGACCUUGUAAGUCAUGCAGCAAGGUAUUUUGAGCUUCUGAGAGAUAGCGAAGCCGGCGACAAGUACAGAACAAAACCAAUAGACCAAGUCGAAGACAUGGAUAGUGACAACGAAGAGCCGUUCGUGCCACCAACACGACCAAGAGGAAGGCGCCAAGCCGUUGCCGCCGAAUCUUAUGAUCCAACCAAGCAAAAUAAUGUCGAAAUUGUAUCUUACCCGAAAACUGAAAAGCAGUUGAAAUUUCUAGAAAAAGCAGUCAAGGAUAUAUUGAUUUUUAAAACAGUUGACUCAAAACAAUUGAAAGUUGUGCUAAGCUCGUUUUUCCAUAGAAAGGUUGAAGAAUCGGAGGUGAUAAUUCAGCAAGGAGACGAUGGGGAUAAUUUUUAUGUCGUUGAAACAGGAAUAUAUGACAUAUUCAUUGAAGGCGAUACUGGUAGGAAGAAGAUCGCUACAAUAGAUGGAAAAGGCAGCUUUGGAGAGUUAGCUUUAAUGUAUAAUUGCCCAAGAGCGGCAACGAUCGUUGCUGUGACAAAUGGUGCACUUUGGUGUCUCGAUCAGAAGGUGUUUCGAGCCAUUGUCGUGACCGCGGCAGCAAGACAGCGACAGCGCUUUGAAGAAAUCCUCGAAAACGUGCCGAUGCUAGCUGAAUUAACAGCAUACGAGAGGAUGAACCUUGCUGAUGCAUUGGAUGUAAAACUUUUCACCGAUGGAAAGUGCAUUAUUCGUGAAGGGGAUGAGGCACAAAAUAUGUAUUUCAUUAUGGAAGGUAAGGCUAAAAUAUCAGUUAGACCAGACAAAUCAAAGCUGGAGGAAAGAACAAUUGCGUACGCUAGGGACGGAGAAUACUUUGGUGAACUAGCUUUAGUUUUAAACAAGCCACGGGUAGCCUCUGUUUACGCCGAGGGCGAUGUUACGCUUGCAGUGCUGGACAUCGCAGCAUUCGAAAGACUGCUUGGGCCAUGCGUCGAAAUCAUGAAACGAAACAUCGACGUGUAUGAGAAGGAGCGUAAACGGCUUGGGCUUCACGGCAUCAAAUGAGGCGCCAGAUUGAAAUUCUUAUUUGUGUGUUUAGCUUUUGAUUUGAAGAAGAAUAUUCUGUGGCAUCAAACAAAUAGGAACAAGAUAUUCGUUAUUGUUAAAAAUUUAGCUGGUUCAAAGGAACCAAGUUACGUGAAAGCUGCCUUUAAAUGACUUAGAGGUAGUAUUCUUAUUGUAACACUCUGCAUAUACUUGAGUUUGACUUAAAAAGACGAUGAUAAAAAGCAUGAACUGUUAUGAUUAAUAGAUAUUUUGCACUGAA